AACCGCCAAUAAACCCUAAAGAAGAAGAAGAAGAAAACCAACAUGUCAGCCUCCUUGUGUUUCACGAGUGUUUUCUAGCGUUAGCAGGAACAUUCUGGUGUGUUCAACUUUCGUAUGUCUGGUUAGCUAUAAGGCGGAGCCAACUGGUACACAUUAUACAUUGACGGCACAUCGAUUUGUUAGACUCAAUCUUAAAGGAUAAGCUAAAAGCAAUGGCUGAAGGCGGGGACAACCGAAGACAUCCCCACAACCUCCAGGGGGUUUUGCGGUUGGCUGUGGAGGCUGGCGCUGCGGGGGACGGACAAGCACCUAGCGUCCCCAUGUCAGAGGAGAGGAAGGAAUGGUUGAGGGGGGCGCUGGCUGAGAUUUCCAAGGGACAGCUGAAUGAAGUGGAGCAGAUGAAGCGUUGCCUGGCUGUCCUGCAGAAAGACGGAAUGAACACAAAGGAGUGCGAAGGAGAGGAGGGGCAGAGGGAUGAGGAGGAAGAGGACGAGAGGGAGACGGCCCUUGAGAUUCUGUCUGAGUUUUGUGAGAAUCUAGACAAUGCCAGAGACCUGAUGGUCCUAGGGGGCCUUCAACUGUGCGUCUCCCACUGUGUGGGUCAUGUGCAGAGCGGUGUGAGGUGGCGUGCUGCCCAGCUGCUCGCGACCUGCGCCCAGAACAUGCCGGAAGUUCAGUUGCACCUGCUCGCCAUCGACGCCCUCCCGAAGCUCCUUCGGCUGACCGACUCAGACCCCCAUCCCACAGUCCGAGUAAAAGCCCUCUACGCCGUUUCAUGUCUGGUCAGAGAGCAGGAGGCGGGCCUCCGGGCGUUUGUCUCUCAGGACGGCUUCUCUGUGCUGAUGCGAGGCAUGCAGUCUGAAGACGAGAGGCUGAGGACCAAGUCUGCCUUCCUGCUGCUCAACCUUCUGUCGGCCCACCCGGAACAGAAAGGUACAGUUCUGUCCAUGGGCAUGGCUGAACAGCUGGUGUCCGUGCUCCGGUCGCCACAUUCCUCUUUCCACGAACACGUGCUUGGAGCCCUCUGCUGUCUGGUGGAGGACUGUCCCCAGGGGCUGAAGGACUGCAGGAGCUCCUAUCUGGGUCUGGAUGAGCUACUCAAGCACAGAGCCAGAGACCUCCAGGGAAGAGAAGAGUGCCAGGAAGAACUGGAUUUCUGCAAGCAAUUACGGGCCACAUGUUUCCAAGGGCAACAGACUGACGACAAUGGAAUGGAUCGCUGAACCCUCUGUGGCUUGUUAUUCCGGUCACAGAGUUUCGACGUCCGCAAAGACGAGAGAGACUCAUUCAGGUUUUCCUCCACUGUGGAUGCCUUUAUGGACUGCUAAUGAGGGUGGCUUGUGUCUUUGACAUAUGUAUAAACCUAUUGAGCUUGUGCUAAGUUUGGCCCUUAACUUUGCAAAUACAGAGUCAAAUGUCUGUUGAUGUAGAAUUUAAAGUAACUUCUUGUUUCCAGUUUCUUGAUAUCUUGUUAUAUUUUCCCCAUGUUCAGUUUGUGUCAACAUAUUUGUCAAUCAAAAUUCCCACUUAAGUCACUCAUAACAUGAUAUCCGUAACAAGUUAAUGCAAUGAGUUAAGUUUACAAAUGACUAGUUAUGUUUAUGUUUAAAUAAACGAGUACCCUUUUAUGCGAACCCAUAAAAUGCUGUAUCAUUCAAUUGACAUUAGUUAAAAUAUCCAUUCUAAAAUAUAGUUUUU